AAAUAAGAAAAAAAAAAUGGCUGUAUCAAACAAAGGACUCAUUCUCAAGGAAUAUCCUAAAGGAUUACCUAAUGCCGAUAAGCAUUUUGAAUUAGUUCCUCGUACUAUUGACAUUAAAAAUUUGAACUUGGGAGAGAAUGAAAUUGUUGUAAAAAAUAUAUAUUUAUCUUUAGACCCUUAUGUUCGUUUUACUUUAAGAGAACCAGAACCAGAAUAUGUAUCAGUCGACACGCUACUUGAAAAGAGGGUAUCAAUUGGACAAGUAAUUAUUGGCGUUGGAGUUUCUGAAGUUGUAAAAACAAAUAAUCCUAAUUUCAAAGUUGGAGAUCUCGUCUAUGGACCUGUUGGUUGGGAAGAAUAUUCUCAUAUCAAAUCUGAUUUUGCAGCGAUUUUUUCUCCCAUAAAUAAAGAAUCAUUAAAAGAUAUUCCGUUGAGUUAUUACGCCAGUCUUCUUAAAAUGGGUGGUUUAACUCCUUAUGCAUCCCUUAUAUCUAUUGGAAAACCAAAGAAGGGAGAAACAAUUUAUGUUUCGGCUGCUGCUAGUGCUAUUGGAUUGCUUGUUGGACAAAUAGCUAAAAUUAAAGGAUUGAAAGUUGUUGGAUCUGCUGGAUCUGAUGAGAAAGUUGACUAUCUUUUGAAUGAAUUAAAAUUUGAUGCUGCCUUUAAUUAUAAGAAAACUGAUCUUAAUAAGGCAUUAUCCGAAUAUUGUCCAAACGGUAUCGAUAUUUAUUAUGAAAACGUUGGUGGACAGACUCUUGAAACAGUUUUGAAUCAUUGCAAUCAAUUUUCACGUAUUGUGGUUUGUGGUAUGAUAUCACAAUAUAACUUACCUUUUAACGAAAAAUACGGAGUAAAAAAUUUAGAAAUUAUUUUCUUAAGAAGUAUUACUAUGCAAGGAUUUAUUGUAUCUCAAUAUCUUGGAACAGAUAUUCAAAAUGAAUUUGAAAAGGAUUUUACUGAAUGGAUUAAAGCUGGUAAAAUUGUUUAUAGAGAGAAAGUGAUUGAUGGAAUUGAAAAUAUUGCUGAAGGUUUUGUUAACUUAUUCGACGGUAGAAAUAUUGGAAGAACUAUUGUAAAAGUAUCUGACUAUUAAUUAUCAUAUAGUUAUUAUAUAUAUUAAACUUGAUAUUUUUAUGUAAAUUUUGAAAUAUAAAUAAAAUUAUUAAGACUUAGGGUCGGCGCCCACAAAACGGAGCUGCAAUUAUA